AGAUUUUAUUUUACGAGCGAUUAUUGAUUAGACUAAUGAAGUGUAUUGAAUACACUGUAUUUUAACUUAAAACGAGAGUAUAACAGUCUGAUAAUACAAUGUCCUCUAAAAACAAAUCUUCUGACAGUGCCAACAAGGGGAAAGUAACAGAAUCUGUUUGGAGAAAAGUGCUCGAAGCGAACGCAGAAUGGCCCGAUAAGGAGGAGUUCCUGGACGUUAUUUACUGGAUGCGACAAGCCAUUGGCAUAAUUUUGGGGCUGUGUUGGGGGUUGCUUCCCUUGAAAGGAUUCCUGGGAUUAUUGCUAUUUGUGUUAGUGAAUGCUGCAGUAAUAUAUUUUUAUGCGAGCAAUUUCCAAAACAUAGAUGAAGAGGAGUAUGGUGGUUUGUGGGAAAUCACCAAGGAAGGAUUCAUGACGUCAUUUGCUGGGUUUUUGGUCACUUGGAUAAUCAUGUACACAGGACUUCAUGGAAGCAGUUUAUGAGGUUCACAUGUGUGAAUUACAGACAGACAAACAGAAUGCAGUCUAAGUACAAGUAUUGUUAGUAGUUUGUAAAGACAAUAUGUUAAAGAGUGGGAAAGACUUGAGGAUGUAUUGUAAUGUAAUGUGCAAAUUGCAAAAGCUGUAAUUUAUGCUAUGAACUUGUAAAAACAGUUAUCAUAAGUUAUUAGAUACCUCAAAUGAUAUCAACUACUAGGUACUAUAAUUUCUAUAAUAAGUGUGUAAUAGGGCAAUCUGGCUUUUAUCUAAAAUUUUGUUCCUUACUCUAUUUUCUGUGCUUUGUUUGAGAAUGAUAUAUGAAUUUUGGGCUAGUUCAACUGUAAUCCUGUAUUAGUUUGCAUGUUGAAAGGUAUAAUAAAGAUUGUAAUUUAUCAUUUAUUGGGAUUUAAAUUGAUAUUAUUAUUUCUGGUAAAUUGCUAAACUAGUGCUAUUGAAAUAAGCUUUCAAACUGUUUCAGACGGUAAUUUAAUGGGAUCUGGUUAAAGUCCAGUGAAAUUUAUUAUGAAAUUUCAUUCUGUACUUGUACAGAUUAGUGACAAAAAAACCAGGCUUGUGUGUCACUGAUA